UUUUUUUUCCAUGGUUCAGAAGAAAUGGCGGACAUGGACGAAUUGUUCGGGAGUGAUGGGGAUAGCGACAAUGAUCAGCGAGAGUCUGGUUCUGGAUCAGGUUCGGACUCGGAGCCAGAGAGACCUCGAUCCGCCAGCAACGCCUCUGUUAGUGGCAGUGAUAGCGACAGGGGACGAGAUGAUGAUGACGAAGAUGAGGAAGGCCGAGAGGGAGGAAAAGCCAGUAUGAAUAAGGAGCUGUUUGGAGACGACAGUGAGGAUGAGCAGCACAGUCAACACAGCGGCAGCGACAACCAGUCUGAACGAUCAGGCAACCAAUCAGAUGCAAGUGUGCACUCAGACCAGGGUGAGAAUGAUCACUCUGAUGCAGAGCAGCACAGCAGCUCUGAGCGUGGACAUAGAGAUGAAGAUGAGGAUGACGAAGAGGGAGGUCACAGGUCUGAUGGAGGAAGCCCAGCUGGCAGUGGGAUGUCCGGAGGAGGAAGCCCUCAUUCUGGGAGGGGCAGUGCUCGCUCAGACAGAAGUGUUCACAGUGACCCUGGGACUCCACAGUCUGGGCCCGGGACCCCUCACUCUGACGGAGAAGCCUCCGGUCGGGAGAACCAGUCAGAUGAUGAGAAGUGGGAAGGAGGGGGUAAGAGCGACCAGUCAGAGGAUGAAGAAGAGAAACGCCAUUACUCUGAUGAAGAAAGAGAGAACUCUGACGAGGAAGGGCCAAGAAACAGGAAGUCAGAGUCUGUAAAGGGCAGUGAUAGUGAAGAUGAUUUCCUUAGACAGAAGAGCAAAGCAAAAGCAGCUUCUGAUUCAGAUUCAGACAGCGAUAUUGGAAGGAAGAAACCAAAGACGACAGCAGCAGACGAUCUGUUCGGAGAAGCAGAUGACAUUUCUUCUGACAGCGAUGCAGAGAAGCCUCCGACCCCAGGACAGCCUCUGGACACAGAGGAUGGGAUGGAGGGGGAGCAGGCAGAAGAGGAGCCAGCGCCUGAAACCCGUAUUGAAGUAGAAAUCCCAAAAGUCAGCACAGAUCUGGGAUCUGACCUUUAUUUUGUCAAGCUGCCCAACUUCCUGUCUGUGGAGCCCAGGCCCUUUGAUCCUCAGUACUAUGAAGAUGAAUUUGAGGAUGAAGAAAUGCUGGAUGAAGAGGGACGGACAAGGCUCAAACUGAAGGUGGAGAACACGAUUCGGUGGCGAGCCAAAAGGGACGAGGAGGGUAACGAAACACGAGAGAGCAACGCUCGCAUCGUCAAAUGGUCUGAUGGCAGCAUGUCCCUCCACCUGGGGAACGAAGUGUUUGAUGUUUACAAAGCUCCUCUCCAGGGAGACCACAACCACCUGUUCAUUCGACAGGGCACAGGACUGCAGGGACAGGCUGUGUUCAAAACCAAACUCACCUUCAGGCCGCACUCCACUGACAGCGCCACCCACAGGAAGAUGACCCUGUCCUUGGCUGACCGCUGCUCAAAGACGCAGAAGAUCCGAAUCCUCCCCAUGGCCGGACGAGAUCCUGAGUCGCAUCGCAACGAAAUGAUCAAGAAAGAGGAGGAGCGUCUGCGAGCGUCUAUCCGCAGAGAGUCCCAGCAGAGGAGGAUGAGGGAGAAGCAGCACCAGAGAGGCCUGAGCAGCAGUUACCUGGAGCCUGAUCGCUAUGAUGAUGAGGAAGAGGGCGAGGAAGCCAUCAGUCUGGCAGCCAUCAAGAGUAAAUACAAGGGAGGAGGGGGCCUGAGAGAGGAGAGAGCAAGGAUCUACUCAUCAGACAGUGAUGAAGGCUCUGACGAUGACAAGGCCCAGAGGCUGAUGAAGGCUAAGAAGCUCGACAGUGAUGAGGAGGGCGAGGGGUCGGGCAAGAGAAAGGCAGAGGAUGAGGACGAAACGGCCACCAAGAAGGCAAAAAAAUAUGUCAUCAGCGACGAAGAAGAAGAAGAAGAGGAGGAAGAGGAUGAUGAAUAAUUCACUUUUUUACCAUUCCACUGUCUUAUCAAUGCCCACAUGGCUUUAACAGCCAUAUCUUGUUUUGUAGAUUUUCUUAAGAUGUGUGUGUAUGUGGGAGUGUGUGUGUGAGUUAUUGUUUAUGUUCUGUACAGCGAGGAGAAAAUAAAGAAAAUACUCUCCUUAUGUAACUCAGACUCCCAAA